AUUUAGGAUUAGGAAAUGAUAUCAAUCACUCCGGGAUGGUUCAGUGUUGAUAAUGACGAUAGAUGCGUAAAGGGAAACUGUUUUUAAGCGUGCCUUGUCUGCGGUGAAAGGUUGAAAGAGAAUGGUAGGGUAAAAGACUGCGGGCUGUGCUUUUAAAAGACUCAAUGAGACUAAUUUAUUGCCCAUUGUGAGAAGCUCGACUUGAGACAGGCUACAGUACGCACAGACAGAGGGAGGGAGAGCUGAUAGUGAAAAGAAAAGAGACCGGUCAGUCACAUUACCCAACCUACUUCGUCUGGUUGCUUCCGAACACUGCAUAUAUAUUUGGGCAUGUGGGGAACUUUCUGCAAAGUCGGUGAAUUUUUUAAGAUUUGUGUUUUCGGCGUGUACUUUUUACCUUUCUUUUCGUGAUUUUUAAAAUGCAGCCACUUUCUUUUUUUGCUAUUAAAACGGUAAAGGUGUAAUUGAUAUUUGUAUUUUAUGUAUUUGGUUGAUGAUGUGAUGCGCUCCCUCUCGGUGAAGCCAAAACCUGGACUUUGAGGUAUAUUUUUUUCUCGAACUGGAAAGAAAUCCACUCACUAGAUCACUUUUUUAGGAACUCUUCAGCCUGUGCUUUUUUGACGCCGAGGAAAUGGGAGCGUAUCAACCGGACUGCGUGUCCGCGCUUUGCCGAAAAAGUUUCCGUUGGAUUGUGCUGCUGCUGUGGCUGACCUCUGCAGCUCACGGGACCUGGAAGACCGGGCUUUACAAAUAUUCAACUGGGACCCAACUCAACAGAGAGUCGUCCGCAGCGUCUCAAACCUCUAUUUAUCAAAAAAGGAAUUGGUGUCCCCAUACGGUCACUAAGACGGUGACGUGCCAGGUGCAGAAUGGAACGACCCUGCAGCGUGUCUACCACACAUGUCGCUGGCCACAGGGAUGCACAGAGGGAAGCUACCGGACAGUGGUCAGACCCUCCUAUAAGGUGGUGUACCGUGCCAUCACCUCUCUGGAGUGGAAGUGCUGUCCAGGCUACAGCGGCACCACAUGUGAAGAAGAGUCAGGAAACCAGCUGGGGGCUCAGGAGGCAGUGAGGAAGCCGUCCACUCUCCGCCGGCCACCUGCCCCGGCCCGCACAGGAACAGGAACAGGAACAGGAACAGGGGAGCAGCUCUCCACCAGUAACAACCAGGACCCUAAUGCUCUCUUAUACAAUUGCCUUAACUGUAGUCGAAUCACAGCCCUGACAGAUAGACUCAGCUCACUGGAGGCAAAGGUCCAGGUGCUGUCCUCUCCUGCCUCCACUUCUCACCGCCACCUACAGGGUAAAGGAGGAACGGCACAGGAAUCUUCCUCACAGAUAGUGGAUCCACAAACCAAAGGAGCCCCUGGCGAGCAGGGACCCAUAGGUCCACAUGGUGAAAGAGGCAAAGACGGUACCCCUGGACGAGAUGGGAAGCCAGGGUCUCAGGGACUGCCGGGACCCAGUGGCCCCAGGGGCGAGGCUGGGGUGAGGGGCCCCUCGGGGACCCCGGGAUCUAAGGGGAUCCCAGGACCAGUGGGACCCAAAGGUCCACCAGGUCUCCCAGGAGAGAGGGGUCUACUUGGGCUUCCUGGACCUCCAGGACCCCCUGGACCCCCAGCCCCUGCCAGCACCCACAUCCCAGAGCCAGACCGGGGUCAGGGCAAGGAGCUGCUCCUCUCCAACACCUUCCCUGACCCACAAGGGGCUCCUGUCCAAGGCCCACAAGGCCCUGCUGGACCUGCUGGUCCUCCAGGCCUCAAAGGCCCCAUGGGACCCCCUGGCCCAGCUGGACAGAACGGGAAGUCGGGGACCCCUGGGAUACACGGCCCGGUUGGGCCAAAAGGAGAACGUGGGGAGAGAGGUCCUCUGGGAUAUCCAGGAGAGAGAGGAUUCAUAGGAGAGCCGGGAGUACCAGGAGCCACGGGAGAGCCAGGAGAGAAAGGCCUGCCGAACAAUCUAAAUGACAUUAGUUUGAAGAUGUUCCAAGACUUGCAGGCUGACCUGGAGCUUCUGGCUCGCAGGGUGACACUGCUGGAGGCUAUCAUCUGGCCAGAGCCUGAUCUAGGGUCUGGAGAUGGUCCGUUUGGCACUGCGUCCCCAGGCGGUUUCUACAGGAAUAAGCGGGCAGGAGCCCUACCCUAUCGGCUCGUCUCCCCUCCUCUGUCCUCGGACACCAAGGUUCAGGGGAAGUAGCCUCCCUGCUGCGUCUCUGAGGAUCACAGGGUCUAACCACCCCUCCCUUAGGUCUCUCUGGCACUCCACUGAUCCAGACCUUAUCUGAUACCCUCUGACGGCUGUACCAUCAGAUGAAAGGUGGGGGACACCUCAGGGAAGCUCCACUGGUGCUCCGGAGUCUUCCCACCUCCAUUGGGAACCAGUACCACCCACCUCUACCCCAACACACACCUCCCCAUAGACACAUGGCUCCCCCUGUGUCCCAUCCCUGUGGCUACAGCUAGGAAAUAUUUCAAGAUAAUAUCCUACAGGCCUCGGAAAACAUGCAAAGAUUCUUGUAAGAUAAAAGGAAAACCACCCAAAAACUAUAUUUUGGUAUUUGUUUCAUUAGUCCAUUGUUGACAUAGUCCCAAAAUGUUUUGCUUGUCAGCAAUACAGUUUUCAAGAUAUGUAACUUUCAAAAUACAGAAUUCAUCCCUGUAUGAUGCAUUUAGCAUCAUAUGAUCAUUUUUGGGUGGAGUUUUCCUUUAAAAAGCUUGAUAUGUUUAAUGGUGCUCAUUCAACUGAAAACAAUUCUGGACUAUAAGGGUCAUUGCAGUAUAGUAUAAAUGAGGGUCAAUUAAAGAAGGAAUCAAGUGUGAAAAAAAGAGACUGGCUCUGAGAAUUUGUUUGGACUUUCACAAUGUCGGGAAUCUCAGAGGUUUACUUAUUUAAAUAUAUUUAACAUGUACAGACUGCAAGACACACACGUACACAAACAAACCUCUUCCUCUUAUAUUCCUGUUGGUUCUAUAAUAUUGUUUUAAUCCUUGUUAUGUAGUGCACUAUAAAGAUGAAGACAUUACACACCUUUCCCAUUGAGGUGUCAGUUAAUAGUGACAUGUUAUGAAAAGUCUAGUAUAUCAGUGUAUGUGUCUUGGUGUCUGAUAUCCCCCCUUUAAAUCAAACACACAAGAGAUGUAACUGUAUUUAUUUUAUUCACAUUCUAGUGUAGAUUUAUGUUGUUGCACAUACAUUUAGUUCUGUGCUAUCCUUUUCUACACUUUCUACAUUUUUAGACAGUAUUUUCUCAACAACGGUGCCUAAAUACACAACUCAAACCCUUAUAGCUAAGUAUCUUCUACAAAGUUCUGAUAUGUGAUCAAAUUCCUGCAUUUCUUUCAAACCCCAAGCUGCAGCUCGUGCAUAAACUGUCAGUAGUAAGACACAUCACAUUUAUUUUAAACCCACAAGCUAAAGCAAUGUCAUCUCUAAGAGACCCUUUCUCCUACAGCAGCUUCAGUCCUAAGCACACACACCACACAGUAGGAGUAGAGGACCUGUUACUGGAACUUGAAUACAUGUUUGUGUAACUUUGUACCACUAUUUCAUUCUUUACAUUUUACAUGUUAGUUAUUUAGCAGACGCUCUUAUCCAGAGUGACUUUCAGUAGUGAGUGCAUACAUUUUUCAUACUUUUUUCGUAUAUUUAGACUGAUUUCUCUGUCACAGUAAAAAAAAUAUGCUUCCUUGAUCAAAUGUGUUUCUUUAUAAAAAAAAUAUCAAUAGCUGUUUCUUGUUUUGUAUGUAACGUCAUAUCCAUUUUGGGCCGAUUUCAAAUUGCUUGCUAAUGUGUUAUUGUGCAAAAAAAUCUUCUAGAUGGUUGUUAUAAUAAAUAAUUGUUUUGUGUUUUUUAA